GGUGGAGUGCCUCGUUUGUUUAUUUGUACCAUUUCUCGCUUUUCUUUUGCUUACCGGGAGUCUCAUUGGGGCGUGUGAGAGUGCCUUCAGCCAGCAGAAUGGAUCACGCACUGCUGGACGUAUGCGAAUUCGACGAGAGGGAGCUGUCCUAUUUUAUCUUCUGCGAAUAUACAAGUCACAUCGAGUUCAAGCUGUGGAGGAACUACAUGAAGCGCCAACUGCUGGACGACAACCUGGAGUUGGUGGAGGACAUGCUGGCGGACAUCUGUCGCACCAAGAGUCGCCUGUGCCGCAUCUGCUUCAAUCCGCUGGCCUGGUUGCGCCGCGAGACGGAGGAGCACGAGAUAGAGUGGCGCUGCGGCUCCUGCACACUCUCGCAGCCCAUCCUGCAGUGCAACUCCGCCGAGGCCUGCAACGUCCUCAUGGAUCUCAUUGUGAACAAUAAGAUCCACCCGCAGAUCCUCGCCUCGGCGCUCAACUUUAUCUUCUCCGCCGCGUACAACUUCAUCGGCAUCUCCUCGCCCGUGGAUGCCGACGAUCCUAUCCAGACGCUCUUGUCCAUGCACGCCAAGUCGCCGAGUGCCUUGCGCCUGGGCGGGCCGCACACCGUGGUCUUCGCGGACAUCUAUCACGACACCAGCGCGACCGUGCAGUUCAGGGAUGAGUCCGCGCCCGACACGCCGUUCCCCAUCCUCUACCUCGCCGACACAGUGGCCAUACCGACGCGCUUCUUCAUGCACCCGCUCAGGUACCUGCAUCAGCCUGGUGAGGCUGCCAGCGUUGAUGACAAGCGACUGGUGCAAGAGUUGGCGCAGAUCGCGAAUUCUGUGAUAAAAUCCGGCAGCAAUCUGGUGCUGGGACCACAUUUGCAGGAACUUAUCAAGCCAGACACAUACACAAAUCGCCCGCACAACCUCGAGGCGAUUGUGACGCUGGAGUCUCUGCGCUCGCACGCCCUGGACUCGGAGCAGGAUGUCUGGGGCAACAGUUAUGACAUGAUGUUGCCGGCGAAGAGGAUCUGCUGCGGCGUGAAUUGCCUGAUGGCCAGCACGCAGCGGCGCAAGCCGAAGACACGCGAGGAAUUCUACCAGGCGCUACAGAAUUAUCUUACCAGCGCCAUUUGGCUGAAGACCUUCCACGGCACGCCAUUCGAGACACUCCUGUACCCCGUCCUGGGCCACUCAGGUGGACUCCGGUAGAUCAAGCAAUACUCACCACUGCUCCUCAAUGUACCAAAGUCACACUCGAGGGAACCACCUUUUGGACACACGCUGUUGAAUCAAAUGUCUCUGCAGAGAGGCGGAAGAAUUUUCCAAUUUGAAUCAAAAUAAGUCAAAAUGUGCCUUUGAGAAUUAUACCAAAUACCAAAAAAGAGAAAUAAAGCAUAAAGU